AUGCUCUUACCCGCUCACUCGUCCAUCGCUCCCUUUUGCUUCGACAGAAGUUCACCAUCACUGUGAAUUCCUUCAGGUAACACUCUUUUCUGCGCGUUUUUGUCUCUCGCUUGGUUAUGCAAACAAAUGUUUGUGACUAAUUUAUGCUUUCCCUCAUCUUUUACCUUCUAGGUUUAUCUCUGUAUUCGGAAUCAGGUUUAAGGGUUUCAAGAUCCACAUAAAACCUAGACAGAAACCUUUAUCUCGUGGGAUAGUUGUAUUUACGAAUUAUCCUCAAUAAAGGGAGAAUUAUGGCCAAGAAUGUCACUCAGAGGCCACUGAUAUUUCAAGAUGAGAACCUGGAUGUGUAUUCGAAAACUGUGACUGGUGACAUAUCAGUGAGUUCUAAACAAUCAGUGGUCAAGAAAGGUGGUACUGGGCUAAAAGGCCGUGGUGCCCUUCAUGACAUUACAAACAAGUCAUCUGCCCAACCAAAACCAUCACAGAAGAAAAGCUUCUCACAUAAGAAAAAACUUCUAUUUAAGGAUGAUGAAGUUAACAUUGCGGAAGAGGCAUUUUUACAUGACCACAAGAAGUGUCUUAAGGCACAACAGGCUGCAAAGACACUUGAUCUCCUGGACUUGGGUUUUCCUGAACGAGAUCCCUUGUAUUCCAUUGAAAUAUCAGACUUGAAACCAGAAGAUAGCAAUAUGUCUGGUUGUAAUCGCCACGGGUACCCAGAACUAGAGGAGCUGUCCAUUCCAGAGGACUCCUUAUGGUUUGAAUCUUCUUCAACAUGGAACUCUCCUCCAUCAUCUCCCAAAGGCUGUGAUUCUCCACUUUCUAUUGCGUUGGAAUUUGAGCAAGUGGAGUUUAAAAUGAAAGAGGAAAGUGAUUUCUCUGUUUGAUAUGUAUGAAUCAGUGUAAGAUUUCUGCAUAUGUCUAUCAGACUAUGAUCUGUAUUAUGAUUUCUUUUUAACCUUCCAUUUCUUUUAUCCAGGAAACUGAAACUAUCCCUACUUCCAUUAUGAAUUGUAUUGGGUGUUAGUUUACACCGUUUUUUAACUGCUUUUUCAGUUGCUUGUACAAUAAUAGAAAUAAAAACUGUGUGGUUGAAACUUGAAAUGCGUGUUGCGGAGAGAGGAAUAAUAU